UUUACUUCCACAAAUUAAUGUUUUUUUUAUUUCAGAUGAUCUUCCAACAGGAUAAUCCUGGAAUUCACUACCAAUUUGUACUCCCUGUGGAGAAGCCCACUCCUCCCCAGCCAAAUCCCCACCUUCCCAGCCAGACACACACCAGCUCCCAGAGUACCGGAGACCUGAGGGACGUGUCAGCAUUGUCCAGCAUCCCGGCUCUUAGCCACCGAGGCACGCACCACACCAUCCCCAAUCCCCCCAGGGUCCGCGGUGGGCAGCGUGACCGUCGCCUGCAGGUUUAUCACACCGACGCACAGGAGGAUCCCGCGCUGGCUCCGCCAAUUUACCGCUGGAUGUCCCAGAGUCUGACCGAGUGUUCCGUCUCCUGUGGGAAAGGGUUCCAGUACCCCACCUUCCGCUGCCUGGCCCAGGAUACCCAGGAGUUAGUGUCAGAUGCCCUUUGUGACUCAGCAUCCAAACCUGCAAGUGUGGCCCAGUCCUGUAACACCCAGCCCUGCCCUGCUUU